UAAUAUCAAAAUCAAUAUCAAGAAAAUUUUAAUUAAUAUACCCAAAAACACAAACACACACACACACUCUCACUUCAUUCAUCACUAAAAUAUUCACAGUACUGUAACUUCUUUUUUAUUUUUAACUUAAAUUCCGUACCCUUUUUUUUUUUUUUUCCUCUCUCUUUGGAUACUUUGCUAGAUCUCUCUCUCUGUUCUACGAACAAAAACCCAGAAUCAAAAAAAAAAAAGAAAAAAAAAAGUAAUCUUUUAAUCAUUCGACUAGAGUCUAGAGAGAUCUGAACCAACUUGUUCUGUGGUUUUUUAUGCAAAUGUGGUUUAUGUAGUCACUAAAUUUCUAAUCUUUUUGUAUUUUGAUUCAAUCCUUUCGUAUCAAAAAGCUUACUUUUUUUUUUGUUUUCUCUGUUCAUCCGUCUCGUGAAGCAAAUUUUCAAGUUGGAGCUACAUUUGUGUGAACCAAAAUGGAUGUCGGGUUGAGAAUCUUUGUUGUUUCUGCGCUUCUUGUUACUGUGGCAGCAGAGGUUUACAUUGUGACUAUGGAUGGAGAUCCAAUUAUAAGUUACAAAGGUGGAGAAAAUGGUUUUGAAGCAACUGCUGUCGAAUCUGAUGAGAGGAUUGAUACAUCAAGUGAAUUGGUGACAAUGUACGCUCGUCACUUAGAGAGGAAGCACGAUAUGAUUCUUGGGAUGCUCUUUGAGGAAGGAUCAUACAAAAAGCUUUACAGCUACAAACACCUUAUAAAUGGAUUUGCAGCUCAUGUUUCUCCAGAGCAGGCAGAAACACUUCGUCGCGCCCCUGGUGUGAAGUCUGUAGACAAAGAUUGGAAAGUGAGGAGACUCACCACACAUACACCAGAGUUUCUAGGACUUCCAACUGAUGUUUGGCCAACAGGAGGCGGUUUCGAUAGAGCAGGAGAAGACAUUGUCAUCGGGUUUGUUGACUCGGGAAUUUAUCCUCAUCACCCGAGUUUUGCCUCUCACCACAGAUUACCUUAUGGCCCUCUUCCUCAUUACAAAGGGAAAUGUGAAGAAGAUCCUCAUACCAAGAAGAGCUUCUGCAACAGGAAGAUCGUUGGAGCUCAACAUUUUGCUGAAGCUGCUAAAGCGGCUGGGGCAUUUAACCCGGAUAUCGACUAUGCAUCUCCAUUGGAUGGUGAUGGGCAUGGAAGUCAUACAGCAGCUAUAGCAGCUGGGAAUAACGGUAUUCAGUUGAGGAUGCAUGGUUAUGAAUUUGGAAGAGCGAGUGGAAUGGCUCCUCGUGCAAGGAUUGCUGUUUACAAGGCUCUUUACCGGCUUUUUGGAGGCUUUGUUGCUGAUGUAGUUGCUGCCAUUGAUCAGGCUGUUCAUGAUGGAGUAGAUAUCCUGAGCCUCUCGGUUGGUCCAAAUAGUCCUCCAACAACUACUAAGACAACGUUCUUAAAUCCAUUUGAUGCUACACUUCUUGGUGCCGUAAAAGCUGGUGUUUUCGUUGCUCAAGCUGCUGGAAACGGAGGGCCCUUUCCGAAAACUUUGGUAUCAUAUAGCCCCUGGAUAACAACUGUCGCCGCUGCAAUUGAUGAUCGCAGAUACAAAAAUCAUCUGACUCUUGGGAAUGGGAAAAUGCUUGCUGGGAUGGGGUUAUCUCCACCAACUCGCCCUCAUCGCUUGUACACUUUGGUUUCUUCAAAUGAUGUUCUGCUGGAUUCAUCUUCUUCGAAGUAUAAUCCAUCUGAUUGCCAGAGACCAGAAGUCUUUAACAAGAAAUUGGUCAAGGGAAACAUUCUUCUCUGUGGAUAUUCUUUCAACUUUGUUGUUGGCACAGCUUCCAUCAAGAAAGUUGUUGCAACAGCUAAGCAUCUCGGUGCUGCUGGUUUUGUUCUUGUUGUUGAAAAUGUAUCUCCGGGAACCAAAUUCGAUCCUGUACCUUCUGCCGUUCCAGGAAUCUUGAUUACAGAUGUGUCUAAGUCAAUGGAUUUGAUCGAUUACUACAACGUCAGUACAUCAAGGGAUUGGACAGGAAGAGUCAAAAGUUUUAAUGCCAAGGGAAGUAUCGGAGAUGGCUUAGCACCUGUUCUUCACAAAUCAGCACCUCAAGUGGCAUUGUUCUCAGCUAGAGGACCCAAUACCAAGGAUUUCAGCUUUCAAGAUGCUGAUCUUCUUAAACCGGAUAUUCUUGCACCCGGUUAUCUGAUAUGGGCGGCUUGGUGUCCAAAUGGAACAGAUGAGCCUAAUUAUGUUGGUGAAGGAUUUGCGCUAAUAUCAGGAACCAGCAUGGCUGCACCACACAUAGCCGGGAUAGCUGCACUUGUGAAGCAGAAGCAUCCUCAAUGGAGCCCAGCUGCUAUCAAAUCAGCUUUGAUGACAACCUCAACAGUCAUAGAUAGAGCAGGAAGGCUUCUUCAGGCGCAGCAAUAUUCAGACACUGAGGCUGUAACACUUGUUAAGGCUACUCCUUUCGAUUAUGGAAGUGGUCAUGUCAAUCCAAGUGCUGCUCUAGAUCCUGGUCUUAUCUUUGAUGCAGGGUAUGAGGACUAUCUAGGAUUCUUGUGCACGACCCCUGGGAUCAGUGCCCAUGAGAUAAGAAACUACACAAACACACGCUGUAACUACGACAUGAAACAUCCUUCAAACUUCAAUGCACCAUCUAUCGCAGUUUCACAUCUCGUGGGGACCCAAACAAUAACAAGGAGAGUGACGAAUGUGGCAGAAGUAGAAGAAACAUACACAAUAACAGCUAGGAUGCAGCCUUCUAUCGCCAUCGAAGUGAACCCACCAGCAAUGACACUCAGACCAGGCGCUUCUAGAACCUUCUCAGUCACUAUGACCGUGAGAUCGGUUUCUGGAGAAUACAGUUUCGGGGAGGUGAAAUUGAAAGGUAGCCGAGGGCAUAAGGUGAGGCUUCCGGUGGUGGCUCUAGGACAUCGGCGAUGAACAAAUCUUUUGGGUGUUGUAAUAUUAUUUUUUUGUAAUAUGCAGUAAUAAUAAGAGGGUAGUUCUAGAGAAUUGUGUCUGAUAAAAACCAAAAAAGAAGGAAAAUGCUUUAUAGCAGCUUGUAUAAUUAGUUAUUGAUAUAAAAACUCCAUUAAUA